GCCUCCCGCCGGCCAGCCAGUCGUGCGCCACGCAUCCCGCGCGCCCCGGAUGGCGCUGUCCCCCAGGGUCGAUUUAGAAUGUGAUAACUGAAGGAUCUGAUAAUAUAGUGAAGUCAUUUGACAACUGUCACGCUGCUUCCUAUGAUAUGUUCUCUAUAUUAAAAAAUUAUGACAUCAACAUCCAAAGGCAUCCUCCGCCCAUUUUUAAUCAUCUGCGUUAUUCUGGGCUGCUUCAUGGCAUGUCUGCUAAUCUACAUCAAGCCGACCAACAGCUGGAUCUUCAGUCCAAUGGAGUCUGCCAGCUCUGUGCUGAAAAUGAAAAACUUCUUCUCCACGAAAACUGAUUAUUUUAAUGAAACUACUAUUCUGGUGUGGGUAUGGCCCUUUGGGCAGACCUUUGACCUCACAUCCUGCCAAACAAUGUUCAACAUCCAAGGAUGCCAUCUUACGACAGACCGCUCACUGUACAACAAAUCCCACGCGGUCCUGAUCCAUCACCGAGAUAUCAGCUGGGAUCUGACGAAUUUGCCUCAGCAGGCUCGGCCCCCCUUUCAAAAAUGGAUUUGGAUGAAUUUGGAAUCACCAACUCACACUCCCCAAAAAAGCGGCAUCGAGCACUUGUUCAACCUGACCCUGACUUACCGACGCGACUCAGAUAUCCAAGUGCCUUACGGCUUCCUGACGGUGAGCACAAGCCCCUUCGUGUUCCAGGUGCCCAGCAAGGAGAGGCUGGUGUGCUGGGUGGUCAGCAACUGGAACCCUGAGCACGCCAGGGUCAAGUACUACAACGAGCUCAGCAAGAGCAUUGAGAUCCACACCUACGGGCAAGCCUUCGGAGAGUAUGUGAAUGACAAAAAUCUGAUUCCCACUAUAUCCACUUGCAAAUUUUAUCUUUCCUUUGAAAACUCCAUCCACAAAGAUUACAUCACAGAAAAGCUCUACAAUGCUUUUCUGGCUGGCUCUGUGCCUGUUGUUCUGGGACCAUCUAGGGAAAACUACGAAAAUUACAUCCCAGCAGAUUCAUUCAUUCAUGUGGAAGAUUAUAACUCCCCCAGUGAGCUUGCCAAGUAUCUGAAGGAAGUUGACAGAAACAACAAGUUAUACUUGAGUUACUUUAACUGGAGGAGAGAUUUCACUGUCAAUCUUCCACGAUUUUGGGAAUCACAUGCAUGCUUGGCUUGUGAUCAUGUAAAAAGGCAUCAAGAAUAUAAGUCCGUUGGUAAUUUAGAGAAAUGGUUUUGGAAUUAGAAUUUCCAAUCAUGUGCACAUUUCAUGAAAUAUUUCAAUAAUCAAAUUUUGAAGAUUCAAGUUUAGAGGCUAAAAAGAGAAAAAAAAAUUACUUUUAUUUUUAUCAUCCUCCCUGGGCUAACAUGUAUAAUUCUAUGGAAAAUUUGAAGAGCUCAGCAUUAGCAAUCACUUUAGUUGAUUUUUAAUUUCCCUAUAUAUAUAUACCUAAGUAUGCACAUUGAAACAUAAUUUAUU